CCAUUGAUUAUUUCACAAAUACCAACAAAACGAACGACGCAGUUACCUUGUAAACGUGUAGGUAGACCGAAAUUGAAUACAGAAGACGUUCGUUUGAAGCUGUUCUAAUAUUUUCAAUUAUGGGUCUGUGUAAUGCUGAGUGCACUUCAAAGGCCAGAUUGGAUGGCAAAACGGCCGUAAUCACGGGCGCGAAUACGGGCAUUGGGAAAUACACAGCACAGGAUUUUUAUACUAGAGGUGCGCGCAUUAUAGUGGCUUGUAGAAACUUGGAAAAGGCCAAUCAGGCGAUUGCUGAUAUCAAGGAGGCCUGCAAGGACUUGGAAAACCUGGGAACCAUCCUAGUAGUAGAGCUGGACCUCUCCAGCCUUAGUUCAAUAAAAAAUUGUGCCGCUCAAUUACUAGAUAGUGAAGAGAGGAUCGAUCUGCUGAUCAACAAUGCGGGAGUGAUGAUGUGUCCUGAAAGUAGGACUGAGGAUGGGUUCGAGAUGCAGAUAGGCACCAAUCACUUGGGCCAUUUCUUGUUCACCCUGUUGCUCUUGCCCAGAAUCUGCCAGAGCACUCCUGCUAGAAUAGUAAAUGUUUCCUCCUUGGCCCACCGUGGCGGCAGGAUCGACCUGGAGGACCUUAAUUGGGAGAAGAAAAAAUACGGUGAAUUUGCAAGUUAUCAGCAAAGCAAAUUGGCUAAUAUCCUGUUCACCAAAGAACUCGCUCGAAGGCUCACAGACAUGGGUAUAAACGGAGUAACCACCUACGCCUUGCACCCCGGAGCCAUCAAAACGGAUUUAGGGAGACAUCUACUGGAUUCGUCUUUGAUGACGAACUUGUUCGUUCGGAGUAUCGCCUGGACUUUCAAGACGCCACAGGAGGGAGCUCAAACUACCAUCUACUGCGCUGUGGAUGAAAAAUGUGCCGACGAAAACGGGUUGUACUACGCAGAAUGCGCUGUGAAGAAGCCAAACAGCGCGGCCUUAAACGAGGAGGACGCUAAGGGGCUCUGGGAUCUCAGCUGGAAGAUGGUGGGGUUGGAUGAGAAUUACGACCCAUUUGGUAACUCCACAAAAUUGUAAAAUGGUUUACUGGCUUACACUUUAGGGUUUAGAGCACAUAUCAAUUCAUAAAAUACUCUAAUAUUGACACAUGACAGCACUGAUAUUUUUUUGUUUUAUUUCUAGGUAUUUUAUAUUAUAAAGUGUGAAUAAAUGUUACUUAUAAAGCA